UCCUGGAAGAUACUCCCUUAUCCUAAAACAAUAUACCCUCCAAAAGAGAGAAGCGAUGGAAGAAAACCAAACACUCGUCUUGGUGUCCCAACAAUCUUCUCUCACAUGACACCACUCAUUUCCUCUAGACAACAAUGAAUUCACUCUGCAAUUCAAUUCAUAACUUCUCUCUCAAACCCUUAUCAUCUUCUUCUUCUCUGUUAACCUCUCCUCUCCUCCCCCACAAAACCCAGUUCCACAUUCUCACUCCAACCACAAAAUCCAAAACUUCUCCUCUUUGCCUCAUAUACAAAAUCCCCUCCUCGGCUCUACCCAAAUGGCAAAUCAAAGCCAUGUCCGACAUCGACAUCGACAUGGUGAGGAACAAAGAGGGGGUUUACGCGGCAAAACCCAGGAAAGUGGUGGUCCUCUGGGAUCUAGACAACAAGCCACCCCGCGGCCCGCCGUACCAGGCGGCGAUGGCCCUCAAACAGGUGGCGCAGCAGUUCGGCGAGGUCGUCGACUUCUCCGCCUACGCCAAUCGCCACGCCUUCGUCCACCUCCCCCAGUGGGUCCUCGAGGAACGCCGCCAGCGCCGCCACCAAGACGUCCUCGAGCGGAAGGGCGUCGCGAAGUCGCCGGAACCCUACGUCUGCGCCGUGUGCGGCCGCAAGUUCUCAACCAAUAUGGACCUCAAGAAGCACUUCAGGCAAUUGCACGAGCGUGAGCGCCAGAAGAAGCUGAAUCGAAUGAAAUCGUUGAAGGGCAAGAAACGACAGCGUUACAAGCAAAGGUUCAUAGAUGGUAACCGCAAGUACAAUGAGGCUGCGAGGACUUUGGUCACUCCCAAGGUUGGGUAUGGACUUGCCUCCGAGCUGAGGCGUGCCGGGGUUUAUGUGAAGACAGUGGAAGAUAAGCCACAGGCGGCAGAUUGGGCUUUGAAGAGGCAAAUGCAGCAUAGUAUGAGUAGGGGGAUUGAUUGGUUGUUCUUGGUUUCCGACGAUUCAGAUUUCUCAGAGAUGUUGAGGAAGGCAAGGGAGGCCAAUUUGAGGACUGUGGUUGUGGGUGAUGGCCACAGGUCAUUGGGGAGGAAUGCUGAUUUGUGGGUUCCGUGGAUUGGGAUUGAAAACGGGCAGGUUUCAGCUGAAGAGUUGGUGGCUAGGAGCCGGAGGAGAAGUGACUACAUUGUUGGUGAUGCUGAUGAGCCGUUUUCGACGACACAUUUUGACUUUGACGGGAGAGUUAGUGCAGAAAGGAAUUUAGAUAGUGUAAUGGACCAACUUGUCACGACAAGUAGGAACUUUGAUGGGGUGAGAACUUCAGCAUUUUCUGAGGGGGAAGAGGAAGAGGAAGACUGGACAAGAGGGGUAAUGAAUCAGGAAGAUAAUGGCCGGAUUCGGGUUCACCAAUCUCGUGGUGGUGGUGAUGAUGAUGAGGAGGAUGAUGAUGAGGAUGAUUUUCUGUUGGAUAGUGAUGAUGAGGAAACAGAAGAAGAUGAGGCAUACUUUUGAUAUAAAAAGAAGAAGUUGAAUUAAGGCAAACAUGAUUAAGUUGUGUUUUGGGGAAAAUUCGAAUUAUAAUAGAGUGUCUGUUCAUCAUUUAAAGGUUACAUUUGAGAAAAUUGAGAAGAGAUGGAAGUCCUGAAGAAGUGGCUAUUGCAAUCGUUUAGUUAUUAGGGAUGAUGAACUUCAAAUGCUCUAAAAUGUACGGAUUUGGUGGUUUGAUUUUUCUCUGAAUAUGCACAAAAUGUCAAAGACCAAAAUUUUCUGAUGGGCUGGCUGCAUUUUGGAAGGCCAAAUUGGUUUUCUCAACAAUGAUGGUAUCCUCUCACCAAAUUAAUUUGCCCUUUUAAUACGUCUUUGUGAAAGUUGACACUCACAGUAUUUUGAUCCAGAAAUGGUACAUGCUUUUCCGAUGUUUUAGUUUUGUGCUGCUUAAAAACUUUAGGCUUUAGCCAUGUUCCGCCAAUUUGUAUAGGAACAUGAGAUUUAGUAUGGCCUUGCCCUCUACCAGGACCUUUCUUGUAUUAUUGUGUUUACCUUCUGUUUAGUGCCAGGUUGUUGAAAGCGAGAUGUAGGAUCACUAAGAGUUUUCAGGGUUGGAUCUUAGGAUCGAAUUGUAAGAUUUUGUAAAACGACAAUAAUUUUAAAAGUACACCAGAAACAAGUCUAAAGCUCUUAAAAGAAUAUAAAACAAUAAAGACAAAAAUUUGAAACAUAUAAGAUUUUAAAGAGGAGCACAUCAACACCCACACAAAUAAGAAGUUUAUUAGCACCAAAAAGUUUAAUUUUCUCACAACUAUCUGUGAUAGCAUGUUACAAUAUUAUAUGUGAAAUGUAAGGUUAAAAAAAUCAAUUUACUUAUAAAAAAUACUCUGUUUGAAUAUGUUCAGGCCAUUCAGGCAUGAGAGGGUCUGUAACUAAGUCUAUGCCAUAGGGGAAAAGCAAAAAAAAGUGCUAAAAUUUGUGUAGAUAAGAGAAUGAUUGGUUUGGGAGGAUAAAAAUCAAUUGAUUGAAGUAGUGUUUUAAAGUAAAAUCUUAUGACCCUUUCCGUUAGUUGUUGGAGAAAAACAACCAAUUAAAAACAAAGAUGAAGAAAGGGAAGGAAACAAUCAAACUCAUACUAUUCAAAAUUAGGAAUGGAGUCAUGGACUGGCCUAAAUUUGUUGGUGAAAUAGACUAAUAGUUACUAAUUUAAAGCGGAUUAGAAGUACUCUUGCAGUGUCAAAGUGGGAAAAAAAUGGAUAUAAAAUUCUUGCUUAUGGCGUCUAAAUGUGUUUUUGUCUUUGUUCUGGAAUUAUUAUGUUAUUGGGUUUAAUUGACCACUAAAAGGAACACAAAAAUAACAUUAUAAGGUGUACAACAAGAUUGAUAGAUUUUAUGGAUCCUGCGAUCUUAUAGUGAUUUUUUAAGGAUUCUACCCUAGUUUUUUAUCGUUAUUUGUUUAAUUUUUUUUUGUGUGAUUGGAAUCAAUACAGUAUUUUUGGAUAAAAAGAUAAUUGGAUAUUAGAUCCAAAAUGAGAUUUUAUCAACCAAGGUAGUAGUAUCAUGCUCACUGCCUAUGUCUUGAAAUUGUGCUAGAACUUUUAGCCAUUUGCAGAACUACCCUUUCAGAAGAUAAAUUACGUGUUUUUAUUCAGAAUUCUAUGGGGAAGGCCAAAUUGGUUUUCUCAACAAUGAUGGGCAUAUUUUCACGGUGCAACCAUAGAAAUAAUAUAUCGAUCGUUAUGUUUGGAGCUCACCAACUCAGUUAUGGACCAAUUUAUUUGUGAGCACAAAAUUCACAGGAACAACAAAAAUUAAGGUCUGGGCAUAUUAGACCACAAUUUUCUCCCCUUUUCAGUUUUUAAUUUCUUAAACUCUUUUCUGGGACUCCCAAACUCAUAUUGGAGGUUGGAUCUGCUAAUUCAGAGGUUGGAACAAUAAGAUCUAAGGGUUAUUUUUCAAAUCUACGCUAUUAGGUCUUUCAAAUAUGCCAUCUGAGUCUUCAUUUUUUUUUUUUUUUUUUUUUUUUCCUUAAAAAAAAAAAAAAUAAUAAUCUUCUGAGGCUAAGGUGUGGGCAUUUUGCACCUCAAUUUUCGUGCUUCAUUUACUUUCUUAAAGUCUCUUCUGAGUUCUGAGACUCCUUAACUCACAUUGGAAGUUGGAUCUGCUGAUUUAAAGUCCGAACAAUAAGAUCUAAGGGUUAAUUUUGAAUUCUAAGCUAUUAGGUCUAUCAGAUAUGUCAUUUAAGUCUUUUGUUUUUAUGGUUUUUUUUUUUGUUUUUUCCUUUGUGUAUACUUGUAUAGCAUGAAUAUCUUAUGAACAUAUAUGCAUAGAUAUUUAUUUGGAAGAUUAGGAUCAUCAAGAGAAUGCACAUUGUGGGUUGAUUUAUAGGAUUAUGAGAGAGAAUAACAUAGAAAUCCCACCCUCCCAGGUGGACUGGGCUAGGAUGGAGGCUGAGGCUGACUUAGAGAGAGAGAGAGAGGCACUGUAGAGAUCAUCAUAGACUCGAUGGGUUCAAGGCCUAAUCCUGGGUUAAACUACGUCUAACUAUCUAAUAAAUGGUCUAGAAAUCUAGAAUUAUAGUUUAUGGGAUCUUAGAGGUUGGGGUGAUGUCUAGCAUUUCAGGUAAGGUGAAGGGACCUUGAGAUCAAGGUGAGAUGUGGAGGGACCUUGAGAUCAAGGUGAGAUGUAAGUGGACCUUAAUGUUAAGGUCUGCUAUGAAAAGGACCUUGAUGUUUGCUCAUUCCAUUGUUCUGUUAAUCAAGAAGAUAUAUGUUAGUUUUCUUUUUGGGAGGUUGUUGACGGAUGAUUUCAGAGCCAUGCUACUCCAUUGUGUGUUUGCCUGUAACUGUUUUAAAAGUGACCAUCAUAAUUCUUGAUUUCCUCUUGAAAGAAACCCGGAGAAUUUCUUAAGAUCAUAUAAUAUGUCAUGAUUGUUCUCUCUCUCUCUCUCUCACAUUAGGAUUCCAUUAUGUCACUACUAUAUGGCAGUCUGUGAAUGUAGCUUAAUGAUUGGUCAUUCAGUCAUAUGGAAGAUUUCUUUUUUACUUUUAUUCUCUUUUUCCGUUCAAAAUGACCCAUUUGAUGUUUAGUAGUUGUCAAUCGAUUGAAAUGGUGAUGAAAAAAUGUGGUGUUAUUUAUUUAUUCUUUACUAUGGAGUUCUAAACUGUUAUGGACAACCAUUAAAUAGAUAUAGGUGUUAUGUUAUGAUAUAGAUGACUACUCCACAUAUGCUAAGAAUGCCACUACUAAUGCUGAAUGUUAGUACCGCCCUGUGUGGGGGGUAUAAACUUAGGCAUCAUGUUUGCUCUCGUACACGAGCAUAUAUCAAUACCUUUUCAACAAUAUGUCUAUAAUAUUUAAUAGAACUCCAUUAGAGUUCUAUUAUAGGUAUAAACCAAGAUAUUGCUAUGGAUAUGGAAGCUGCCCAAAAUGCCAUUGUUAUACUGACAGAUUAUAGCCCAUUAUAUAUUCUUUUCAGUUGUUUGAAUAGUUAUUUUCACAAGUUGCAAUUUCUGUUGGAUGAAGCAUUUAAUGUUACAAUUGUGACAUCAUUACACAAUUUUGUUGAAGCUUUUGCAUGAUAUGUUUUUAAUGUUUUAUCAACAUGUGGAAGGCUGACUUUUCCCCCCAGAGUUGCCCUCUUAAAACAUUUGAAGAAAGCUGCCUUUGUCAUAUUUCGGAUCAAAGAGUAACAACUGAGGAAGGCUGCCUUGUCAUUUCAUGUAGUAGAAACCAGAGGCUCAACUACGGUUUUUUUUUUUUUUUUUUUUCGUUUGAUUCAGUUUGGAAGCUUUUAUUGGGCUUGAUUUAAUUUUUGAGUCUUUAUUUGAGUAAUCAUGGAUUUUUUUAUGAAAUGUAUAAUGUAUUUACAUCUUCGAUUUCGUUCAGUUGUAUUGUAUUCUUUAUGGCAGAACAUUGAACCAUUAUUUAAUGUUACUGUUUGUAGGA